CUUUCGGACAAUGGAUGAUACUUGUGACAGGAAGUUGGACCUAGAUGAGUUCUCUAAAGGCCUUCAUGAUUAUGGAAUUUCUCUUGACAACAGCGAGAUUCACAAUUUAUUCAGUGAGAUGGACAAAGACGACAGUGGAAAUUUAAAUUUUGAUGAAUUUCUCAAGGCUCUUCGGCCUCCCAUGAGUCAGACACGUGUGAAUCUCAUUGAACAAGCUUUUCAAAAGUUGGACCGCACUGGUGAUAAAGAAAUAACUGUUGAUGACUUGCGAGGUGUUUAUAACGCUCAUUAUCAUCCCAAGUACCAAAAUGGUGAACUUACAGAAAAUGAAGUCUUUGAGCUUUUCCUGAAAAGUUUUGAUUCUCCAAGCAACCCUGACACAAAGGUGACAUGGGAAGAAUUCUUAAACUAUUAUUCUGGAGUGAGUGCUUCUAUCGAUUGUGAUGCUUAUUUUGACCUGAUAAUGAGACUAGCAUGGAGAUUGUAGGCACCACACAGUCAAUUUCAGUAUUCCAAAGUUAAAUUACCUGUAACUCUUCCUUAUACAUGAGUUUCUUGAGAAUUAAGUUACAUUAGUAGAAGCUUUGAGAAGUUUCUACUUGUAAUUUUGAGAAAUAAAUUUAACAUUUAGAAGAAAAAAAAAUUACAUCUAGGUAUGUUCAUAAUUCAUUCUUUAUCUGAAGUUCUGUUCAUAGUAUAGAGAUGCCAAAAGACAAACCUUGUCUUUGGUGUUGCCCAAGAACGUUUUAGAAAUUUACAACUGUACAUUUCAUUAAAAAAGUUGUUUUCAUUUUCAAUUUCACAAAUCACUGUAGAAACUUUAUUUUUCUACUUCAUAGUUUCCAUUUUAGUUACUUUAUUUUAAUAGUGACAGUCUUGGCUAGUUGAUUGGCAUUUGGAGAUUUGAUUUUAAAAAUUAAAACCUGAAUAUAUUGUUUAGAAACAUGUUAUGACAGGGGAAAUAUAUCUUAUGAAUCUCACACACAACCUAAUUUUGUAGAAAAUAUAUCCAAUUUAAGUAGAGACCAAUAUGUCUUUCUAUUAUUUUCAAAUUUAUGUUCAAAAUAUACAUGCAGCUUAUUAAGUUAAAGUGUAUUUGUGAUUGUUUUUAUUGGAUCUUCCUUAUGUACCCUAGUUUUUUUUAUUUGUUUAAUUCUUGUCUAUAAUUUGAUAUAGCCCAAGUUGUUAAGAAUAAGGGUGCUUCAAACUGUGUGUUUAAUUGUUCUUCUAGUGUAGGUUCUAUAUGUACAUAAAAAACAUUAAAAUAUUUAGGCCUCUAGUAUCUUCAAAAGCUAUUUCUAUAAGAUUGUCUUUCAUUUAUUUAAAGUUAUAUUUAUAUUUCUGAAGCAGUUAUGUAGUUAUGGAAGUCAAUAAAAUGAACUAAAACUGAUUGUAUGGUCCAUGAAAAACCACGCAGUUAAAA